UUAACAAAAAAAAGUCACAAAAAAUAAAAAAUAAUAGGAUGUCGUCUCGGUUGGAGCGUCAUCGAUUUCUUUAAUUUUGAAGAAUUUGUUUCUUUUAUUACGCCUACCGUUGACUUUUAUUUGAAAAUCGUUUUAGUGUUUUUCGUUCUUUGUUUUUUUUUAUAACAUACAAAUCACUGGGUUACGUGUUGAAAAAGUUUGUAGGGCAUUCAAAGGUUUACAUACAUUGCUUGAUAUAUUAUUGCUUUGCAAUAUAUAGAUUGAUGGUUUGACAACGGCUGUGAGUAGAUGCAUAGUUUUGUUGGGAAUUAGAGUAAAAGAGCAAGAGUAAAGGGUGUCUGUCUGCGUUAGUAGUAUUCGUUACGGACGCCAUGUUGUUAUUUACUUUGUGAUUUUACUACGGGGAGGUAGUGAUAUGGGUAUAUUGUGUUGUGCCGCUACAUCGCGUGUGUGAGAAUGUUAGAGGAUGUACCCGUCCACGGAAGUCGGAGCGACGUCCGAAUCCCAAAAGCCACGACUCAUCAGCGAAACCUCAGUCUGGAUUUCAGACAUGUGACGGGUGCUAGCGGGCCGCCAGCAGGAUGCGGCCACCAAAGAAACAGAUCCCUGGACUCUGUUCUCCAGAGGAUACCAGAAGACAUGACACCUACUUCGCCGGAGGGGGCGCCACUUCGAAUCUCAAUCGAAGUGCCCGCUCCGAGACUAGCGCUUCCACCUGAGGUGCCCACGGGCUCCGACGACUCCGGCAUCCACACACCCCCUGACGGCAACGACGAGGAGCGACCACAACCACCAGCAGCUGCAAGGUCUAGAGAAAGUCUCGAUUCCGGUAACCCAGAAGACACAGACAAACCGCCCGAUCCACCCGAUACACUAGUUGAUACAGCAGUGAAAUCCGAUAUUUGUGCUGCAGAAACAUCUAAAAACAAAGACUUUCUGCUCCGAUUGUUUGAAAGUAAACUAUUUGAUAUGAGUAUGGCAAUCUCAUAUCUGUUUAACUCUAAGGAACCGGGCGUGCAGACGUACCUGGCGAACAAACUAUUCUCAUUCCCAUACGAAGACGUGGAUUUCUACCUGCCGCAAUUAGCGACCAUGUAUAUAGAAAUGAGCGAUGUGGCGGACGUGUUGAAACCGUAUUUGGUGUGCAGGUGUAAACAAAGUGCUGAGUUUUCACUUAGGCUCGCGUGGUUAUUGACUGCUUUCGGGGGUGACGCUAAGAGAUCGAGGGCGACAAAACUUAGGGACUCUAUACUGGCCGAGGAGAUCAGGCCGGCAGCGAGGAGGGGGCAUCACAGGUCGCAGUCUGACGCGUCUGCGUUGAGGCUAGCGACUCCCUCAGGGAGGCACCUGGGAGACCUUGCAUCUGGUCGAGCGUUUGACAAUGGAUGCCUUUGUGGAGAGCAGUGUUCGUGUGGAGCGCCGAGAUUAGCACCUCAAAUACAGUUUCUGACGUCACUGACGAACAUCGGCCGUCGACUAGCCGGGGUCGCGGACAAGGAGCGUCGUAAUGGCCGUCUCAGGGCCGAGUUGGCGACGCUAGACCUAAACCUGCCUGCGAGGGUGUGGUUACCUUUGCACCAGAGGCCUCACUAUGUGCUGAGGAUACCGCCUCAUGCUGCUGCUGUGUUAAACAGCAAGGAUAAGGCGCCCUACAUAAUGUACGUGGAAGUCCUAGAAACGGACGGCCACGAGCCCCUCCCGCCGCGCCUACUUCCCCCCGCGCCGCCCGCACCCCACUCACCCCCUAUAAGACAUACGAAGAGUGAAGAGAACUUAGUACCCGAGUGGCCAGCAUUAUCCCUAUACUCGGGCCUGGAUGAUGGAGACGCGGGCGACUGUUGGAGUCAUGAUGAUGAAGAACUUAGCACGCAGUACUCGCAUCGAGCUCCUGCGCCGGAUAGUUUGUCGCAGGUAUCGGCAGUAUCAGCAUUAUCCACAUCAUCGUGCGGGUCUCGUGAAUCAGUGGCGGUGGGUGCUGGUGAGGUUCGAAGAAGGCUGGCUGAUGCCACCGCCGCUCCUCCGCCCAAUGCUUUCCGACAUGACCCCGCCGAUCCUUCGGCUACAGCGCUUAAGGAAUCAUGGGAAAGCAAAUACGCUCGCAUGCGUUCGUCAUCGCCUUACGGCGCAUUAAGCGGUUGGCGUCUCCUCGGCUGCAUCGUCAAAGUGGGCGACGAUUUACGACAAGAGAUGUUAGCGGCACAACUGCUGAGAAGAUUGCAAACUGCUUGGUCGGCUGAAAGGGUUCCUUUGAAACUCAGGCCCUAUGAGAUACUGUGUCUGGAUAAGGAGUGCGGACUUAUACAACCCGUACUAAACUCAGUAUCCCUCCACCAAAUAAAGAAGCAAUCCGGCAAGAGUCUCCGCGCGUGGUUAGAGCUCGAGCACGGGCCGCCCAACAGCGAGGGCUUCCUGCGAGCGCAGAACAACUUCGUCGAGUCUGCCGCCGCGUACGCGCUUACCAGUUACCUGCUGCAGCUUAAAGACAGGCAUAACGGAAAUAUUUUGCUGGACAGCACGGGUCACAUUAUCCACAUAGAUUUUGGCUUCAUAUUUUCAAUAUCACCCAAAAAUCUUGGAUUUGAGAGCUCGCCAUUUAAGUUGACGCAAGAGUUUGUAGAAGUGAUGGACGGCGAGAACUCGGACAUGUUCCAGUACUUCAAGAUAUUGAUACUGCGCGGUUUGAUCGCAGCUCGCAAGCACUGCGAUCAGAUCAUACAUGUUGUCGAACUUAUGAGGAUGGGCGGUCAGCUAGCGUGCCUGCGCAGCAGCAGCGCGGUGUCGUCGUUCCGCGCGCGCUUCCACGCGGGGCGCACGGAGCCGCAGCUGCAGGCGCUCGUCGACAAGCUCGUGCGCGACGCGCUGCACUCGCUCUCCACGCGCCUCUACGACAACUACCAGUACUACACCAACGGCAUACUGUAGCCAGGGAUCAUCUAUCCAGUAUAUACACUCGUGGGACGUUACUACUCACACUUACGCGCGUAGCUGUAGCCUACUCGAUUGUAUUCGUUAAAUCCUCUGUCGUGCUUUUCAUGUAGUGUUUUGUCUCUUGUUGACCCUUUGAUGGUACUGCUAAAUAUAUGACGACGAAUGUACGGUUACCGUUGAAUCUCGUUCGUUGUUGCAAAUAGAAAGAACCUAGGAAUUUGGAAGUCCCAUUCUUGAAGGUUCAUUUAACUUUCAUCACUUAGCCACGUCACCGUGCUAUAUAUUCAUUGUUUAGAAUUAACAAAAUGUUGAGUCUUGCGAGGUGAUUUAGACAAUAGCAUGUCAGACUACUGAUAUUCACCAUUAAAGGGUACUUUAUUCCUUAAAGUUUCGUUAUACUAUAGCUUACAAUAUGAACACUUGCACUUUAGAAAAUGACUUGUUAAAAAGAGGCAAAGAAAUUCUUUAGUAAUAUUUGAAUUGAAUGUGUUAUCACUCUCUAACUGAAACUCAUUUUCUCAUUAUACAGAGCGUCAUGAGAGUCGACAUUAUCUUCAAUCCAUAUAUUGGUUUAGAAAUUUUGAGAUUCGCGUACUACGUUAACUUGUUAUAUCAUAGCUUACAUCACGUAGAUUUUGUAAAUUUAGUGCCAUAACCCCACUGACACGCUGUACCUUGGAAUCUUAGUCUUAUUUGCUCAAACAUGAACACUCGAUCAUUCACAAUAUGUUUGACCCGUCCACUGUAGAUCCCUCUAGUGCUUUGUAAAAAUAAACAGAUUGACAGAUUCAUAUUUUUCAUGUAUAAAGGUUACUGCAAAUAGAAUGUUAUAAAAUUCUAAAAUAAAAAAUAUGUAAAUAAUAAAAUGAAAUUAUGAUAAUUUUCGCAAUGAGAAGACUGAUUGUUCAGGCAUGAAGAGUGGUUUAGAUUUAGGUUUCUUAGCCGAUUAAAUUUAAGUUUUAUCCUGUAUGUACAUUGGAAGACAUGAAUGCGAAACGAAUGAUAAAUUGAUGUUACUGACAUGAAUGCGAACGAUAUGCCAAAGGAAUGUGUAAAAAUGGCAUUGUUUUAGACGUUAAGUACUUUUAGAGUAAUACGGAAAUCGAAAAUCUUAUUGUUAAAUGUCCAACGCUAGAUAUACUCAGAGACACCAAAUAAAUUAGGUGGAUCUAUAUAACAAAAUAGACGUUUUAUGAAUUAUAUCGAUGUAUGUAUGAUAUAUGGGAUUAUUGUUAUUCUGUGUUGUGGGCAGUGUUGCCAUUAGGUAGGUAAUGGAACCAAUAUUAUUGUAAUGUUAAAAUGAAGGAGUAAACAUUGAUUAGUAUAAUACCUCGUAUCAUUGACCUUUCGACAUCUAAAGGUAUUAAAAGGGGAGUGAGAAUGUUGCCAAAUUUUUAACUAUAGCAAUGACGAGAUGUUUAUAUUUUUAAAUAUGUCCACUCUAAUAUUCCAAUUUUCUCCUCAAAAUAAAUGACAUAUUCUAGGUAAAGAAAUACAGUAGAGCUCUGACCAGCUAGCUAUUCUGAGACCGAAGGGAAAAGAUCUAAAAUUUCCAUACUAUAGUAAAUAGUAUAAUAUACUUUAUGAAGUGGUCCACUUCUUCCUUAAAAAUUGAUAUCUGAAAUACGCGAUCUUUUUAUAUACAAUCUAAUGCCCAGGCGCUCUCAAACAGGAUAUAAAUGGCUAUACAGCACUGAGAGAGGUAAAUCAGUCACAGAUAUAAUGCUGUUCUAUUCAAUAUAAAGCCUUUAUAAACGGCAAAAAUAUAUGUUGAGACAAGGAUGUAAAUACCGUGCAUUUUAUUUUAUGACGUCAUAUAUUUUAUAUUUAUAUUUCUUGUAUAAUACGAUGUUAAACUAGAAUACGGUGUCAAGUUUUAGUUGACACGUACAUAGUCAGGGCCAGUUUACGUCGCUGCUUUGAUUUUGUAUAAUGGAACUUUAUGAAAUGCUAGAUAUUAUUAUGCCGUUGUCUACUGUUGAAUUUCAAUGUUUGUUAAAAGCAUGUUAGUGCGGCACAUAUGCACGAAAUCGUAAGCAAAAGAAGUCAGGAGUCGAAUGCUAGAACAAGAUGUGUCUUCCAUUUCAACUUCCCAAUUACGGUCUUGGGUGUAAUGAAGAAGUAUGCAUCAUUAAUCCAUUGCUUCGUAUUCGUGAAUAUAUGGGAUCUGUAUAAUGAAUCAAGCAAUAAUACGCCUUAUUCUAGAAUAUUUUAAGAUUUAUUUUGCGCUUUUUAUGUACUUAGCUCUUCCGCUAGGCAUUAAAGACGAUCCUGCGAUGUAGACUGGCCUUCAAAGACGCUACUUAUAGUUUUGUAUAAAUUGUCUCUCAGCUUAAAAUCUAGCCUUAAUAAAUCCAUAUUUAUUACCAUUAUAUUUGUGUGUGGGUGAACUAUUGUAAUGUCGCAUUGGACAAAUAGAUAGUAUAUAAUUGACGUACCUAUAAAUAUUAUAUUCAUUAUAGUCUCAUAUUUGUUUAAAGUUGAAAAUUAUAAUUAUAUCUGUAUAUAAACGUUUUUGCUUACGGUCAAUAUUAAAUUAUUCUGUUUAAGACAAUAUUGCAAAUGUCCGAAACUGAGAUAACUUUCUCGUCGAAAUUAAUUCGUUAUUUAUCAUCAUGUACAGGUAAUUGUAAGUAGGUACUCUAACAUCUAUCGUUUAUCUUAAUUUUUUAAAUAUACAUAAUCAUGAUUUUUUA